ACACACUUUGCCUUCAUUGCCUAUCACACAACGUGAAUUACAACUCGUCUAGUGUUUUGUAAAAGCGCAACAGUCAAUUUAUAUUUGAAGUGUAUCAAUAAUACCAAUUGAAAUAUGCAUUGGAGAGCAAUAUGCUGUUCUUGCCGCUCAACGCGAGAGGACACAAGCAAAGCAAUAAGCUUAGUAAGCCGCGACAUGCCACUUGUGAAGUCCGAACAAGGCGUUUUGAAAGGCGUUGUCUGCAGCGAUGUCGAGAAUUACGUAGCGUUCAAAGGCAUACCAUAUGCAAAGCCGCCGCUUGGUGAAUUAAGAUUCAAGGCUCCACAACCUCCUGAGCCGUGGGAGGGAGUCCGCGAUGCCUCCCAGCACGGCCCCGUGUGUCCACAGUACAAUGAGCGCAUGAACCGAAUGGAACCCGGUGACGAAGACUGCCUCUAUCUCAACGUAUACACUAAAUCACUUACUCCUACCACACCACUUCCAGUGAUGGUAUGGAUUCAUGGAGGCGGCUUUUACACGGGAUCCGGCAACUCAGAUUUCUAUGGCCCAGAAUUCUUUAUGGCACAUGACAUGGUAUUAAUAACGUUCAACUACAGACUAGAAGUGCUGGGCUUCCUGUGUCUAGACACGGAAGAAAUACCAGGAAAUGCAGGUAUGAAAGACCAAGUCCUUGCUUUGAAAUGGGUCAAGAAAAAUAUUGCAGCUUUCGGAGGCGAUCCUAACAACAUUACUAUCUUCGGAUGCAGUGCGGGCGCUGGGUCUGUUUCCUGCCACUUGAUCUCGAAAAUGAGUGAUGGAUUAUUUAACAAAGCCAUUUGCCAAAGUGGUGUUUGUCUAAAUGAGUGGAGUUAUAACACCUAUGGACGCCAAAGGUCCUUCCAACUCGGAAAAUUGCUGGGCAAAGAUACAGACGACCCAAAUGAACUUUUAGAGUUUCUAAAAUCUGUACCAGCUUCGUCACUCGUGAAUGUACAGUUACCAUUAUUAGAAUUAAAGUACAAUGACAUUCUGGAUGGCAUUCUGUUCGGUCCAGUAGUUGAGAAAGUCGGGCUUGACAAAGAUAAGUUCCUUUCAGAAAAUCCGAUAGAUUUAGUGAAAAACGGACACAUUGCAAAGGUACCAUUGAUACUGGGUUAUACUUCGGGUGAGGGUAUAGAAAUAGCAAGAAAAUUCCCAUACAUAGCAGAUUUUAUAUUGACUCCCGGCGCUGUUGUACCGAAAGAAUUAAAACUUAAAUGGGCUCCGGAAAAGGUGCAAAUAGCUGACGAAAGAAUUCGCAAGCAGUAUUUUAAUGGUAAUCAAAUCACAAGCGAUUUGCUGCAGGAAUAUACUAACUUCGAAACAGAUAGGGCAUUCUUAUACAAUAUAAUAAGAUAUGCGCGUUACCAUGUCAAGCAUGCUUCAGAAAAUAUAUAUUUAUACAAGUUCAUUGCAGAGACCGAAAGAAACCACACAAAGAAAUCUUAUAACAUGGAAGCUCUGAAAGGAGUAUGCCAUUCUGACGACUUAUUGUAUUUGUUUAAUGUUACAAGUCUAGAUGUACCAUUGACAGACGAGUCUAAGAUAAUUAUAAAACAAUUUGUCAAGCUCUGGGCAAACUUCGCUAAAACAGGGAAACCCACAUCAACUGAAGCUACAGAAUGGAAGCCGUUCAGAGACUCCGAACGAUAUUACUACAUUAUAGGAAAGGAUUUAGAAUGUUCAGAGAAUCCUAAUGCUGAGAACAUAACUUUCUGGGAGGAUAUCUACGAAGAAUCUAUUUUAAAUGCAACUACGUAAAUACCUCAAACGUGUUCCUAGGUCAUAAAGAGAUUUAAAUAAAGAUCUGUGUUAGUUAUAAACAAUUCAGGAGCCCAACCUGCAUCUUAAAGUAAUAUUAUUGUAGGUGUGUAAGGGUGACAGAUAACUACUUGGCAUAGAACAGCAUCUCUCUUCCACACCUGCAUUAACAUCACUUAAAGUGGGGGUAGCUCUUAGGGCAGACAUGGUGUGUUAGCUGAUUUAUUUAUGAAAAUAAAAACAGUAUUAAAGAAA